AUGAACUCCGCUCAGCAAAUCGACCCGUCUGCAAUGAUUGGGCUCACCGAGGCUUCUCAGGGAGCGACAGGUGGCAGUCUCGAUAUCUUCGUAUGGUAUCCCCAUUAUCAGAAUUGCCAGCGGUACUUCCUGGAUCAUGCGCAACACAGUGUUUCGGUCCAAGCACUUUCUGCUUUCUUGAAUAUUCUUCUCCCGUUUCAGCGGCUACCCCACCCCGUUUUCAACUCAUCUACCGACUCACCUUCAACUGCCGCCGGUGGGCAAACGUCUUCUGAAUCGUCGUCGACCUCGAGCCUACCCCCGGCGGUCUCACUGAUUCCCUACAUCCGUCGCCUGGUGGCCACGGGGAUGGACUUCCCUGGUGUACUACAGGGAUUUUUCGGGGACGAAUGGGGGGCUGGGAUUGGGAUGCUACAUGAACAGGAGCGUCGUAAUUAUCUCUUUGCGGCCAAAAGUGGCGGCUGGGCUGCCGUGAAAAAAGACUACGACAUGCCGCCUCUGGAGACCAUUCCGUUCUUACGUCCAUUGCAAGGACCGUUAGAUUCGGAAAUCGAAGCCGCCGAGAGGAGCUGGAGUGACUGGCUGGCGAUGGAAGAUUGGAUGGUGGGACCUCGCGCCCCUGAUAUUCUUCGAGAUUCCUCCUCUCAGGUGUCACGACCGCGCAGUGCCCGGAAUUGA